AUGUUUGCAUACAAAUAUUUCAACGACCAUAUGCUCUCUUUCGCCCAAAGAAACGUCGCGCUUCCCUUGAUAAAACGAACCUUGAGAGACUCACUCCGAGGCAUCGCGGCAUUGCACGAGAAAGAUAUCGUGCAUACGGAUAUCAAGGCAAAUAAUAUCAUGGUGGAUUGGGAGGAGACGGAUGGCAACAAUACCAUUCGUCAGGUCCAGAUUGCCGACAUUGAAGACGCAGCGUAUGUUCCCGGCAAUUGUGCCAUCGUUGGAAGGCAGGUCGGGAGUUGGAUGUGGCGAAGUCCUGAGGCUCAUGCAUCCGCUCAGGUUCAUAAGCCAUCAGAUAUCUUCUCGUUUGGGAUUGUCUGCAUAUAUGCUCUGACGAAACGGGUCAUUUUUGCUGUCGCCGACGAAGAACUGAAGGAUGGUGAGGAUAAGCUGGCUGUCGUCCUCGAACGACAGCUGUCCUAUUUCUCUGAUCUGGAGAGUUUGGACGGUCUACUCCAGUACCUAGGAGACAGCCCUUGGGUCCAGAUAUUCACCGUGAUCGCCGAGGGCUUCAACGAAGAGCUUCCUCGUGCGCCAUUCGCGCUGUGGAAAGAUAUUGACCCGGAUUUUAAAGAUUUAGUCGGAAGGAUGACGAAUAUUGACCCAAAGAGGCGAAUCACGGCCCAUGAAGCUUUAUUACAUCGAUGGUUUGCAGACGUCGCGUGA